UUCAACUUGGAAACAAUGAAUUGUUCGUAUUUCAGCCUCAUUUUGAUAUUUCUAGCAUCAAUUGGAGAAGUAAUUCCUGAAAAAAGGUCAAAUUCGAGAAAAAUCACCCAUUUAAAAGAAAAAAAUGCUGCUCAGAAGAAAUCUCGUGCUCCAACGUCAACGAGGAGGAAGUACAUCAUUAAAUGUUGCGGGUUCAAAAGAUGCAUGGGGAACGCGACUCGUCAACAAAGCAUAAUAACUUCGACAAUAUCAACUAUCGCCGUUACCAAAAAUUAUAAUAGCGACGUUGGCUUUUCUGCGUCAUUUCCGGGCAAAGCGGUGGACCCGACAGGAAGCUCGGCUUACAGUCAGGCUAGCAACCCAUCAUCUACCAACGUGAACGCAGCUUUGAGCGGUGAGGGUAAUGGGGCGGACAGCUUCAUUUCUGAAGGGACAGGGUCGACGGCUUUUCAAGAAAGCGGCUCUGCAACGACAUCAAUGAGCAAAACAUCCUCUCUUGUUGAACGCGCCAGUGGGGAUUCAACGGAUGGAUUGGACACUAAUUUAUCCUCUCUGGCGAAUGACUUCUUUACAAAUUCGACAAAUAACAAUAAAGAAGUGGCAUCACAAUCUGCAACAACAGUUGGAAUAAAUUCUGGCCUGUCUUCACCACCAGCAUCAUUUACUAAAAAUAAUGCAGGGGCAGGAACAACCACGUCAAUUAAAUCGAUUAUCAAUGCUUUGACCACAGCUAAUCCGAUAAAUCCAGCUUCAGGGAUAACUAUCAGAACAGCUAGCACAGCUGUGCCACCAGGAACAUCGCAAUCAACAAAAUUAGGAACAUCUACCACGACAAUUCAAGCUACUACGACAUCUCCAUCCUGCCGUGUCACGUGUGCGGACUUCAACAAUUCCCUGACACAGAGUCAGUCGUCUCAACCUGCAGGAUCUGUGAAAACAGCAGCUACGUGCAGCCGGCAGUAUUUUGUUUCAACUUCUUCCGUGGCAAGAAACAAGGCGACGUUGGGAUGCAAGGCUUUGAGCAUGACUCUCUUGACCACCACUUCUCUCGAGGAAAUAAACUGUCUGGCAAACAGCUUUAAAGGCACAUUUUGGACUGGUGGCUCUAGCGAGGGAAUCAAUUGCAAGGGCGAAAAACAAUACGCGUGGUGUUCAACUGGUCACUUGAUGUCUCCAUCUCUGCUCUCAAUGGCUAAAUUUUGGCUUUCAACCAACGCCAUGGCUAUUAAUACCGUGGGAAAAUGUCUGGCCCUCACAAUCUUGGACAGCACAAACAAAGGGAUGGUGCACAAGAAAUGCGACGAUGUGUUGCCUUUCGUUUGUCAGUUCUCGACCGACUGCCCACAGCAGUGCGACAAAAAUCCUUCAUUGUUUGAUUCAAAUGGAAACUUGAAAAAUAAAACUUCUUAUGGAACUUGGAUCGACAUUGGGAAUACCACCUAUCUUCUUGGAAACAAGCCGAUGUCUUGGUUGUCCAGCUGGAAGCAGUGCUGCGCGUUGGGAAUGGAAAUGCUGAACAUUGAAAACACUGCUGAGCAGCGAGGCCUGACCAGCUUGACCGUCGGCCAAAAUAAAAAAAUGUGGAAAGCGAAUUUCAAUUACUGGACUUCUGGUACGUGGAAUGGCGCACCAGCAGGCCAAUGGUCGUGGUGCAAAACCACGGGGCCGACUAUCUUGGAUAAAAACAUUAUCUGGGAGCGCGGCCAACCCGACAACAAAGGUGGAAACGAAAGCUGCAUCCACUUUCGCUUCGUUUUGAACUCCACGGGCACGAUCUUAACUGACAGAAACUGCGACAGUAAAUUCGUAUUCGCUUGCAAGACGUCACUUCUUACAACUACUGCUAAGCCGUGCAUCGCCUCGUGCCCACCGAUAAACACCUGCCAGCGAAAUCCCUUACUUUUCUCAAACACAAAAUCUUUAAUUGACUUCACCUCCUACGGCGAGUGGUACGAUGCGUGCGGCCGCACCGUUUUGAUGUACACCAAAACCAAAUCGGACUGGACAAACGCCUGGAAGCAGUGCUGUGCCGUCGGACUGAACCUGACCUCAACGGAGUCGGCCGGGAAAUUGAGUUGCUUUUCCAGGAUUGUCACCAAGUUCGCUCCGAAAACCUACGGCGAUUUCUGGCUGGCCGGGACGGACGUGGGGUGUCCGUCCACCUUCAGGUGGUGUCCACUGAACCGUAACUUCAUCAACCCUGAGCUCAGUUGGAAGGAAGGACACCCCAAGGAGGGCCUGGACUGCGUUUAUCUGGAGGCGAGGAACGGAUCGGUGCUGCUGGCCACCGCAAACUGCACCGAACAGAAAUUCUUUUUCUGCGACCUGAUAAAGGUGGCGGCCUCGUCCCAACGCGCCAUUCAAAACGAGUGCGCUGACAUUUGGGACAUUACCAGUGAGCAAAUUGACAAUCUGCUGAUCUCCAGCUUUUUUAAUUCGCUGAACAUCACACAAAAUCUCAGGUGCUUCUUGAAGUGCAUCGGUGUCAACCUUGGAAUGUUUGAAUUAGGAGGAGUGAAUGGAAUUGAUUUGUUGCGGCAAAUAGAACUAGCGGCUGAAGAGGACCCUGUCCAAAUGCAAAAUGGAUUCAACGCUUACGACACAUGCAGCGGAAAAAAGUUUGACGACGAGUGCGUAACUGCUGAGGAAAUUUACAAGUGCGGUCUGCAGGAGGCACCCGAUCUGGUCACAAAAAUCGUAAACAAUAAUAACAACAAUGAUUCCAUGCUGACUCCACCGCUCCCGUGCGUUCCGAAGCCCCGAUCCUGUUGGCUCUCGAAUUUGUAUCCCUGCAUCGCAAAUCAAACGGCAAUCGAUGAAAUCAACAAAAACGGAACAGAUGAGAUGGGAAGAGUUUUUCCGUCUCCGUCGGGAAAGUCUUUCUACAUCGGAAGAGUUAAAACUACAGGAAUUGAUGUGGUUGCAGUUUUCCAACGUUGCUGUGCGCUUGGAAUGAGACUUUUCGAACCAGCCUCGUCGGCAGAUUUUAAAACCGCUUACGGAGCAUCAACUAGUUUGGACUACUACACUAAAAGUGCCUAUCUCAUGGGAGACACGGAGUCGAUCAACCAGACGCACGAGGUGUGGUGCCGCAGCCGCAAAGUUUUGCCAGACGCGCUUUACUCGACCACUCUGGCAGUGCCGAGGUUUCCCUGCACCGAAUCGAUUAUGGGCGCCACGACCUCAUUUUCUUACGCCGUUGUGUCCAGAUCGAAUGAGAACAUUCACAACUUGUACAUCAACCGGGCUAAUAUUAACGAUUUUGUCUCUUUCAUUUGCGAGAAAGUGUAGAAAAAUUGGUAUAUUGCGAUUUGUGAUAAUUUAAUUUGGAUCAAAAUUCAUAAAAAAAAAUUGUUGGAAAAGGUGAUUCAUGUGACAAAAGUUUCUGGAUUUCGGAUCACAAUUAAAGAUU